GACCGGCAGAGGGAGAGCGGCAGCGGCGCCAGCGGCGGCGCCAGCUCACCGACCUGCAGCGGCCGCGCAAGCCGCCCAACUCCUUCAUGCUCUUCUACAUGGAGCGCGUGCCCGAGCGCAAGGACAUGCACCAGAAGGAGUUCCUGGCGGAGAUUGGCAAGCGCUGGGCUGGCAUGAGCGAGGAGGAUAAGUUUCCCUACGUCAAGCGGUUCCAGGACCUGAAGGAGACGUACGCCAAGGAGCUGGAGGCUUGGGAGAAGCGAAUGAUCAAGGAGGGACGGUCCGAUCUCGUCCGGACCGCCUCUCAGCCGGUGCUCGCCGAGGAAGAGGUCACCAAGGGUCGCCACCGAUAGGACGGCGCCGGCGGUGGCGGCGGCGUCCGG